AUGGCCAGUUCGCAAGAAGUCACGAAGCAUCCAGAGUUUUACUAUUCAGAUGGCUCGAUUGUGCUACGUGUACAGAAUACCCUGUUCAAGGUGCACCAAUCCGUGUUGGCCAGACAUUCCGAUGUCUUUGGAGGGAUGUGGGAUAUGCCCCAGCCGGAUGGGAUCGAACUCGUAGAUGGGUGCCCCGUCGUAGAGCUUCAGGACGAUGUUAAGGACUUCACCGAUACCCUUUGGGCCGUAUACGAUUCAUUCCACUUUGAUGCGCUCGACCCCUUGAAGAGUUCUCUCAAGGAUCUAUUGACCUUUAUCUCUGGAGUGCUCCAAGUCAGCACCAAAUACAACAUGGUUAAACUGCGCAAGAAGUGCAUCUCACUUCUUCUGGUCAAAUUCCCUAACAAUUUCGAAAACUGCGCGCAACUCCUCCAAAACCAAUCCAAGUACGAUUCCCCGGAUAUCAUCCGCCUAAUCCGCCUCGCGCGUCGAACCAACGUACUAGAGGUCCUGCCCUGGGCAUAUUACCUCUGCACUCAUCUAUCGGUUAACGACAUCAUGCACGAUCGGGUACUUAGUUGGGAGGACAAGGCGAUCUGCCUUGCUGGUAAAGAGCGUCUGUGGCAAGCGCAGAAGAGCACUUCGAACUCUGUGCUCUUCAGCUUCACACCUGUACCACAGUGCGCAUCUCAAUGCCAAUCUCGCCUCCUCACUUCAGUCCCUGGAACCACUCUGAACGGCCCCUCGAGCUCGAGCACGCCGUUGUUGAUGGGGAUGCCUUAUCGAGAGGCUGAAGAGUUGCGCCAGAAUCCCCAUCCUUUGGGUGAAUUCGAUGGCUGGACUAGUCUGGAGCGGCAAAUCUGCUCGAAAUGCCUGAGCCAUCAAAUGGCUCUGCACAAGCAGGGUCGUCAAAAGAUCUGGGAAGCCUUGCCUACCUACUUCGAACUGGGAACAUGGGAGGACAUUCGUCGGGAACAGAGUUCGUAG